CCGUCGGAACGCGACCAUUUGCCGAAAGCGAGGCGGCGAGUAGCCCGCUGUAAUUGGGCCGGAGGCCCGCCACUCACGAUGGAGCGCAGCAGGCUCUUGCCGCGGGACGUCAGGUAAAGGGAAGGCUGGAGUGUAGAACCGGGCUGUGCCUGCAGAGCCGAGGAACUGGGAACUUCAGGAAUCUGAAAUCACUUUAUUUGUGGACAUGGGCUAGCAUUAGACGAAGGCAUUUUCAUUUUGGAUCCUACUGAAACUAUGACGAAGACCUCCACAAGUAGAAGCUUCACAGACAGGAAGCCCACAGUUCUCGGGGUUGCAGGAAAGUGCCACUUUUCUCACUAGGAGUGCUUAAUACGGAUGGACGUUGCAUGUGAGAAAGGCAGGAAUGGUCGGUUAUGACCCCAAUACAAAUGGGAAGAAAAAUUCCAAGGCAGAGGUGGCAGUAGCUGGGUCUGCCUCAGGACUUGUUACUCGGGCUUUGAUCAGCCCCUUGGAUGUCAUCAAAAUUCGUUUCCAGCUUCAGGUUGAGCACCUGUCAUCCAGUGACCCACAUGCAAAAUACCAUGGGAUAAUACAGGCAGCAAGGCAGAUCCUGAAGGAGGAGGGCCUAACAGCAUUCUGGAAGGGACAUAUUCCAGCCCAGAUUCUCUCCAUAGGCUAUGGAGCUGUCCAAUUUGUGACCUUUGAGCUCCUGACUGAAUUGGUCCACAGAACUGUGUGGCAUGACCCCCGUAACUUCUCAGUGCAUUUUGUGUGUGGUGGCAUCUCUGCCUGUGCUGCCACUCUCGCAGUGCAGCCUGUUGAUGUUCUCCGAACUCGUUUUGCUGCUCAAGGUGAGCCUAAGAUCUACAGAAACCUCCGUCAUGGCGUGAUGAUGAUGUACAAGACUGAAGGCCCGUUGGCUUUCUACAGAGGCUUGCCACCCACUUUGAUUGCUGUCUUCCCCUACGCGGGGUUCCAGUUCUCCUUUUAUAGUGCCCUGAAGCAGGUCUAUGAAUGGGCCAUUCCAGUUGACGGAAAGAAGAAUGCGAACCUUAAAAAUCUGCUGUGUGGCAGUGGAGCUGGGGUCAUCAGCAAGACUCUUACAUAUCCCCUGGACCUCUUUAAGAAGAGGUUGCAGGUGGGAGGCUUUGAGAAAGCCCGGGAGCCCUUUGGACAGGUUCGAAAGUAUGAGGGCUUCCUGGACUGCGUCCGGAAGAUUUUCCAAGAAGAGGGCACCCAGGGCUUCUUUAAAGGACUCACUCCCAGCUUGCUGAAGUCAGCUAUGUCCACUGGCCUCGUGUUCUUCUGGUAUGAGUUAUUCUGUCACCUGUUCAGCUGCAGGAACACCGCGGACACCAGAAGACAGGGCGAGUGAGCCAAGGUCUUGGGCUUCAGGCGAUUCCAAAAGAGAAGUAACCCUGUCUCCUCGGUGCACUGUGGAGUGCCCCUUCAUCCAUUACCUUCAGGCCAUUAAUUCUGAACACCCAGUAGGGUGGCAGCUCCCAUCUCCACUCAGUCUGUAUGUUGCCAACAAGGGAACUACUUUUGGGUUUCUAGGGAAAGCUUGGGGGUUGGCAUAGGUGAUUUGGCUUUUACUUUGUCCCAUUAGACCAAGGGGUAGAAAAGGAGCCUAACUCCCUUGUUUUACCUUUAUCCACUGGACACUUGAAAAGAAAAGACAAGGUGCUGUAUCUGCACUCUCCCCAGACUGAGCUUUGAGCAGUUUUAUGGCCUGUGUCUGACACUUUGGUGGUCCCUGUCCUGUUUUAGUCAUUAGACCUUAGAGUCGAAAUUAUAUUCCUUCUCUCCCUGCCCACAUACCUAAUUUCUUUUCUCUUAUCUCCCAAGCCACCUCCACAAUUUCUGUAGUUUAUUUGUCCUCCCUCUAUGGCUAAGAUGAAGAAAUUACUGUCUUCAGCCAUUCUAAAGUUAGCCUGGAGGUACAGGGGGUAAAGGCAGUCCCCACCUUCUCCAAACUCCAUAUUCUGAACAACUUUUAUCUUCCUCCAUUGCAGCUCUCAUCCCCCCAAAGUAGCUUUCCUUUUUGUAUUUUAAAGAGAGUCAGUGCCAAAUUGAGUAAGCUCACACAUCCCCAGCUGCCCAGACCUUGAUGUCUAGGCGAAGACACGAUUGAGUGUUCUCUCCACAUGGAGCAGACUGUUCACUGAAAGUCUCCUUUUAUGGGUGCUGGGCUGUGGGAAGAAGCUUUCUUUGGGGAGCAAAAGAUAACAGGUACUUGAACAAAGUGGUGGUUAGCAGAUGGGUGUGGAAGGGGAGGGAAGGAGUGAUGAACCUCCCCAGGAUUCAUUUUCCCCUUCUCGCUGGAUGUACUAAACACUCAUUCCCUAAAAUAACAAUUCUAAGGAAAUUUAGGCAAGCAGAGGCUGCUGCUCCUCUGGGGUGUUUAGAUUUGGUUCUGACCAUGCCAUGUUGAUGACCAUUCAUGGGCCCGUGCCUGCCAUGUGAUCUGCAUAGGCCCUUUUGUUAAGCUUAGAAGAGGAGACUUCUCAUGAGAUGAUCUGUCUGGUAAGGGCAGGGUCCACAGCCCUGCCCUGGUGAGAAUAGGGGAACUACAAUUGAUAUUUAUUUAUAAUUAUGGGAAAUGUCAGUUGGGCGUGUGGGAGGUGGGGAGAGCGGAGGCAGACCACAGCAGCCAGACUCCUUGCCUUUGCCCAUGUUCAUGCUCACCAAGUGUUUUAGGGCUUAAGCCCAGAACCUGGCUGAGCAGUGACAGAGGACUAUUUUGGUUUUUUUCCUCAAUAGAGUGAUCCAGAAAGGUUGCCUUGAUCUGUAGAUCCUGGGAAAGGGAUUGUCCCUGGUGCUGCCUGUGAGGUAUUAACUUCACAGAUGCAGAAUAUGCACUGACCUUAAUACCCUCAAAUCUUGGGGGACGACAGCUCACAGGGUGGUCUUUAUAUAUAAUUUCUGUUUCAUGAAAUCUGUCUCAGGCUUGUGACAACACGCUUCAGCAGUGUUGGAGGGUGGGAAACUUUACUUUCCAGAAAACCUUUUCCUAUACCCUGGAUGCUGUUAUAUGAGUGAACAGAAGCUGAUGUAGAAAGCCUUCAUAUCAUGGCAUCCAAGGCUUUGCCUCUUUGGGGCUGCCGGGAAGGCAGCUCUCUGAAUGUAUUUUAUACGCUUCCAAAAAGUCAAGGCAUCUGUGCUCAAACACAGUAAAAGUCUAUUCUCGACAA